AUGGCUGCACUUCUAUCUCACCAACUGCCUCAACCUGUGUCACCGGCUCACGCAGAGCUCGUUACCUAUGCGAACAGUUUCCAGUCCCCACUUCUCCGUCUACCCGGCGAGAUCAGGAAACGUAUCUACGCCUUCGUUUUCACCGUGAAAUGUGUUAGCUGGGUUGACAACAGAUGGUCUAGAUCCGAUCUAGUAGAUCGAAUCCCGUCUCGUACUCCAAACCGAAGGAUAAAGUACCCGUUGUCUCAGUUGAUCUCCAGUACAAUGGUGUGUCGGCAGUUUUACGCAGAGGCUUCUCCCUUGAUUCCUCGUCUGAACGAGUUGUGCUUCACCGGCUUGGCAUUCGUACGGAAAUUCGGACAGAACUUCACAGAGAAUAUGCCGCACAAAUUUGUGCAGGGCAUCGAGACGGUUUGGCUGGUUAAUUGCGUGCCUGGAACAUUGGAGAGAACGAAGACAAUCGCUGACAUCACCCUACAAAGGAUGUGUGGACUCAAGAAGAUCGUUGUAAGGCAUGGGCCUUUCCAUUCCAACCCUGGACCUUCAAUCCAUGAGCGAGAAGUUCGGGAGAAGAUGUUUGUGGAAGUGCUGAGGAAGGAAGGGAUCGAAUGCGAGGUUGUGUUUGACUAUCCAGUGAGGAGAUAG